AUUUACCAGCAGGAGUAAUGAAACGGGGAGAGGGGCAUUUUCCGCAGCUUAUUGGUUAGACCGCAAAAGACUAGCGCACGGAGAGGGCUGCCAGAAACUUUCGGACGGUGGACAAAAACGGUGAUAACCCUUUCUUUUCAUCUUCUGUGUCUUCCGGUGUCUUUUUGCCCGGCAGCGAAAACGUUACUUUGUCGCAAUUCGUUGGAAGUAAUUUACUGGGCAAUGGUGAAGAGGGACAAAAUUUUGCGGAAUUCACGUCUUUACCUGUAUUUUCUCCCGACAACUUCACUUUGGAUAGGCAGCAGGGAGUUGAAUCCUUUUGGCAACAUAAAGUGAAGAAACCAGAGGCGCUGUAGCUGCCCUGCACCUCCACAGCCUUCAGGAAUGACGGGGCCAACACAACACAUCUGGCCCUCUCGAACGUGACCCAACAUGGAGCUCAAGGUCUGGGUGGACGGAGUCCAAAGAGUCGUCUGCGGGGUCACUGAGGCAACCACCUGCCAGGAAGUGGUCAUCGCUCUGGCACAGGCUAUAGGUCGCACUGGGAGAUACACUCUGGUAGAGAAAUGGCGGGACACAGAGCGCCACCUAGCCCCACAUGAGAGCCCCGUGGCUUCUCUGAACACCUGGGGCCAGUAUGCAGGUGACGUCCAGCUCAUCCUGCAUCGCACAGGCCCCUCCCUGACUGAACGCCCCCCCUCGGAAGGACCGUCUCUCAGGGGCCCUGAACGCGGUCUGCAUCGGCAGAGCCUUCCACCUCUUGCAAAGCUCCGUCAUCCCAACGACCGCUCCCUCCGCCGCCGUGAACCACGCCGCAAGUCUCUCACCUUCACUGGCGGGCCCCGGGGCCUUAGGGACAUACUUAGCGGAGGGAGAAUUGGAGAGGCAGAGGCCAAACGAAGAUUUCUCCUGGGGAAUAACGGGAAUCAUCAUCAUGCAGGGGCAGGCAUCGGGACCGUGUCUCCUGGCCUGUGGGCCUGUCGCAUGGAAGACCUGGUCAGACUGGUGAGUCUGCAGAGAGAGACUCUUAACGUGCUGGAGAAGAGGCUGGAGACCUAUGAGGCCGAGCUGCAGGCCUGGGCUGAGGGCCGAGGGGGGCGCGGAGGAGGGUGCAGUGGUGACACAGGAGGAGGUGGAGGAACAGGCCUAAUGGAGGAGAUCCUUAGGCUGGAGAGGCGUCUGAGGAAGAACGAGGUGGAGAUGGAGGAGGAGGAGUUCUGGGCCAGCGAGCUGCAGAUCGAGCUCGAGAGCGAGAGGCAGCUGGAGGAAAGGCUGCAGGAGCUGCAUGGCCGUCUGCAGGGCUGUGAACUGGAGAUUGAAGAGAAGAUGGCACUGGUACAGGGUGUGGAGGCUGGCCUUGAAGAGGAGAGGCUCCAGAGGGAGCGACAGGAGACCCAGUGGGUCAGCGAGGCAGAGGCUCGGGCUCAAGUCCUCAGGGCCAAAGCAGAGUUGAAAUCCCAGGAGAGACAGGCUGUCCAGCUGGAGAGCAGCUGCAGAGCUGUGGACAGAUCACUGGGACAAAACAGCAAGAGACUGCAGGACAUGCAGCAUGAGCUGGAGCAGCUGACCAAGGAGCUGAGGCAGGUUAACCUGCAGCAGUUCAUCCAGCAGACUGGCACCAAGGUCACAGUGCUGCCUGCUGAACCCACUGAGGAAGAAAGCACCCACACCAGCCAAGGCAUAGAUUUAGUUCCUCUCACCGGCUCCCUGAAGCGUCCCAUGUCCUCUCACACGAUGUCUGGCCACCUUCGGGUGCUCCACAGCCCUCUGAGCUCCGGCCUAAACCCGGAGGGGAUCUACGUCUGAGGCUCAGCGACACAGUCCCGGUUUGAGGGAACAUCUCCAGUCUCCCUUACACCUCGGUCCUUUAAUUCACCCCAGCACUCCCUUGUGUCUGGAUUUCUCUGUACAGGAUACCUCAGUAGCACUCCUAUGCACUGUUUUCUCACUCACACAGAUCCGUCAUGGAGUUAUUACCUAUAUUUAGUGGCAGCAGCCUAUGUAAACCAGCCGUCCUGAGUGUGAAGGCUCAAACGAUGAAGGAAACCGCUGAAUGAGAAUCACGGAGCACUUGGUGGGGGUGACAGGUGCUUAAAAGUGAUGAAGUGACCAAAAAACAUCAGAGGCAGCAGCGUCAUGCAACACAGCAUAGGUGCUUGUCUGGAAAAUAUUGCGUCUUGCUGAACAUCACACACUUGUCAGCAUCCCUUUUAAACAUAUCCACUUACUGUACUUUUAUUCUGACUUCAGUACCUGCUGAAUGAUUAGUAUUGUUUUAUCACUAGCAUCAUGAAUCGGACUAUACUGCUUUUUGAAAAAUAUUCCUCUUGAGAGUCUUGGUAUGUGAAUCCUUGAAUUAUAGCUCUAAAAACAUAGGUAUUUCUGUAGUAAGUGCAUUUUACCCAGUUUAAUGGCUGGUUCAUAUAUCAGUAAUGAAGGAUCCACUCAUCUCUGUGACAUAAAUAUCUCUAGAGUCUUAUUGUUUUGCAUAUCAGAAUCAAUUCCUUUAGCUCUGACUUUAUGUACAUGUUAAAACUAUGCACAAUGGUUAUGGUUAAUAGUUUUGUUACUGAAGAAUGUUGCUGUCUAUAUGUACCAAAAUGGUGGCAUACUGUAAAUACGUUUUCUUACUCAAUUUUAUUUAGUGAACUAUAUUUUAUUACGAAGCAGUGUAUUCACAGUUCCAAGAAUGCAGUGUCUUCUUUUCCCGCAGUAUCACCUGCAUAAUGAAACAGUGUUAUUUUUAUCUUUUUAUCUUUUAUUUUUCUUUGUUUUGUGUUGUUUUUUUAGAUGACUACAAAGUAUAUUUUUGCCAAAUUUAUUAUGCUUGUUCAUCUGUAAUGAUCGGUGGCCAAAGAUUAUCGGGUCUCGUUGCAUGUUUGUGUUGUUCAUAUAGCCAUAUCUGGAUGUCCAGAGCACCUACAAGACAGUUAAUUAGCCGAAUGUUAAAUCUAAAGGGGGGAGCAUGUAAUAAUACCUUAGGUAGCCACAGAUUGUGUGUGUGUGUGUGGGGGGGGGUCAAUUUAGCUUUUGAGUCUGUAAUCUAUUACAAAAGGGAAAAGGGAUGAAUAAAACGCAUGAAGCCCCUCUUUGAUAGUAGUUCAGCUGCUAAUCACAUCAAAAUAAGUGCCUUAUAUUCAUUUUUGUGCAUACAGCAAUUGACAUAUACAAAUAAUGUACAGUAAAGCUUUAGCAGAAUCACCGAAGCAAUGAUCGCGCUCAGUUCAGAAUGUGAGUAAGAUAUCUGUAGAUGUAAUAGUGCCACUUUCCUGCACAGAGAGAAAUGGCAAUAGCAUAGCAACAAAGAGGAACCUAUUUAUAAUUAUCUUUUUGAAAAAUGAUAGUGUUUUUGUAGAAAUGUCAAGGGAGAGAUCAUUAUUGAUAGUGCUUCCCACUUUGUCACUGUGUUAUUGUCGCUAUAAUAUUAUGUGCUGUAAAUUUGUUGACAUUUCUGUCUGUCCUUUUUUUUUUUUUUGUCUUGCAGCACAUUAGAUCACUUCUAUUACCCAGGAAGAAACAGAGGGUUGUUUUACUGUUCAGAAACCACUUGUGUGAAUUUUCCACCCUGGGAUGAGAAGUAGCUGUGGUCCGUGUUUACAACUGUAAAUGUUCUAGAGCUCUAUAAGGUGUUGACUGUAUAUACCUGUUUUUUUGUUUGUUUUUUUGUUCUUGUUUAUUUGUUUGUUUUUGUUUUUGUUUUCCUUCUAUUUUCUUAUUUUCUUUUCCCCCUGCCUUAAUAUACCGCAAAGUGUUGACAGAUGUAUGGCUGUAACUGGCUGCUGAUACGACAUGGAUUGCAUGAUUCAAUAAACUAAUUGACAAAAUUGGAUGUUUUAUGAUCGUUACAUGUGAUAUCAGUUGAAACCGCGCUGUGCAUGUAAUGAGAAGAAUGUUUUAUUGUAUGUACUCUAGCUUGUAGUCUAGAUGUUUGUGUCAAGCAUUUCACCAGAAGAGGGAGACCUUCGCCCAGUAAUCAAAGUGUGCGAAUGAAGGAAAAGGCAAUGGGUAUAUUUUCCACGCAUUGAGUGAUGAGAAUCACACCAAGCUUUAUGAUUUGUGUUCCCAGGCAAAGAAAUAAACCUUGUUAUGUGGCCCUGCCCUGUGGAAGAUUUGCAGAGGGUUUGCAUGUGUAGCGAUAUGAAGGCAAAAAUGUGUUUACUCAAACUUUUAUGAUUUCCUUUUACGUUGUGCUUUCCACUGGUGACUGAAGAUAUUAAAAGAGCUCUGUACUGUCAAUUGCAUUUGAGAAAGCAAAGGCUCUGGGCAAAGGGAACGCACCAGAUGAGAUUUUUUCUGUCUGUAGGUGGAGAUGUUGCUGUGGAGGGCUUUGAUGUUGACCAUGUUCCUCUAUGCUGAGGAUUUACUCAAAAGGGGGCUGCACCUCAAGGCAGCAUAUGUUCCUUCCUAACCUUGAAAGGCAUGCGUUUGUACUAAUUGGACCACUAAGUAGCUGUGAUCACUAGCGAGGCUCAAAUCAAACAGAGCUGCAUGGAGGCAUCAAGGAGAGCUAUCCAAUUAAUCAUAAAGACUCAAAUAACAUUGCAAAAAGCCAGUAAAUGGCAACAACAAAGACUGGGCUUGAUCCCGCUUAAAACCUCCGACAAGUUGAAAGCAGGCCCCUUGUUUUGUAUCAGCCAGUGCAGACUGAGGGUAAUCUUACUUCAUCAUCCUUUUAUCACAUGACAUUUGCUUAAAGCCUUGGCUUACUGUACAUUCCACUGCUGUGACCUGUCAGAUGAUUAGAGCAUUAGUAACAAUACAUUUCAUCUGUGAGA